GCCUCAAAAUCUUGAUGUGGGAGGUCGAGAGCCCAGAGAACCCAAAAGAAAAGGGUUAGAUGGCGUCGUGCGGCGGCGACGGCGGCGGGUGCCAGUCCCACUGCCGGAGGCCGGAAGAAGACGACGGCUCGGCGGAGGGGGCCCGAGAGAGGCUCGACGGCCUCCACGUCACAGACGAGCACUCCUCCACCGCCGGAACCGGGGGCGGGGCCCGGUGCUCCAAGUGCGGAGAGGAGGGGCGUUACUACAAUGGGCUGUGCGCGGCCUGCUUCCGGAUCUCUGUCUAUAACAAGUUCAAGCUGGCUGUCACCUCCAACGCCAUGAUUUCCCCCACCGAUAACGUCCUCGUCGCCUUCUCCGGCGGCGCCGCCUCCAGAGUAGCCCUACAAUUUGUUCAUGAGAUGCAAGGCAAAUCAUUGAAGAGCUGGGAUGCAAGUAAAUCUCAAGCUCUACCAGUUUUUGGUGUUGGGGUUGCCUUUAUCGAUGAAAGCAUUUUUUCUCUCAACCUAUCAGAUGAGACAGAAAAAGCAAUUGAAGAGCUUAGAUCAGCUGUGUCAAAUUUAACUCCUCCGCAUAAAGAGUUGCAUAUUAUACCCAUUCAAAACAUCUGUUCUCUGAGUUCUGAGAAUGGGAGGAGCAGACUGAAUGAAUUACUAGAAAUGAUUAGUGAUGCCACCGGAAAAGAUGAUUUUCUGCAUUACUUACGGAUGCUUUCCUUACAAAAGAUUGCUUUGGACAAAGGGUAUAGCAAAAUAUUGUUAGGAUCGUGUACAUCAACAAUAGCACGCCAUAUAUUAUCCGCAACUGCGAAGGGUCAAGGUUAUUCUUUACCGGCUGAUGUGCAGUACGUUGAUGCGAGGCUGGAAGUCCCAGUGGUUCUUCCUCUUCGCGAUUGUCUUGCACAAGAGCUCAGCAUGCUCUGUCAUCUUGAUGGUUUCAAGACACAGCAGCUUCUUGAGAGGCCUUGUACUGGCAUCAACAGUUUGGUUUCAUCAUUUGUUGCACGUUUACAGGAAGAAAACCCUUCUCGAGAGCGCACUAUAGUAAGAACAGCAGAAAAGCUCAGGCCCUUUGGUUUUAAUAAAUUCAUUGAAAAUGGUUAUCAUGAUUUCCUGCCAUCCCGAUUGCGUUGCAAGUUUCAGAAUGUCAAAAAUGGUGAAUCUUCUCUCUCUGAUGUUCUUUGUCCAAUAUGUGGAAGCCCACUUAAUGAGUCAGAACUCCAAUGUUUGGAAAGCAUUCAGAGCAAGGCUGAAAAAAAGGUCGAAAUUUUUGCUGGCCAUUGUUGCACAAGCUGUUCUUUUCAGAUAUUGCCAAAAGGAAAAGCCUCUCUCGAGCAUUUCUAUUCAGUUCUACCACAAUUGAUGACAGAGAGAAUGAAGGAUAGUUUGUGUUUUGACCGAAGCCAGCUAAGGGAUCAAAUAGAGGAUUGCCUGCUUGCGGAUGAUGAUGAUGAUGAUGGAACCUGAACUUCAUUUACUUGAUCGAGGUGGAAGAAACUGAUCAGAUUAUGUGGUUGUUUGCUGCAUCUCUGAAUCAUGUUGCAAUCUCAGCUGCUCGGUGCAAGCUGGAUUCUUAUUAUCGGUUGGAUCAACAAGUCUUCAGCUAUCUAUAGCGGCCAUGGGUGCUGGUAGCCUGGUACUGUGACCAUAUGAACACAUAAUUGCUGCCUUUCCAGCAAUGCUGUGGGGUGCGUUAUUGAGUUUUGAAACAUUCUAGCAGGAAUUGCUUGUCACAAAUUUGAGAUAUAUGAGAAUCUAAUAUUUUGUUGCAUAAGCUUUGAAAUUAU